GGAUUUUUUUAAUUUUCUCGGAAGAUAAUUUAUGAAUAGAAUCCAUUAAAAUUUCAGAAACUUAAAAAUUACAAUACUAACGAAUUAAAGAAAUACAUAAGAACUAAAAAACAACAUGACACCUUGCUUUUUUGAAAAUACUAAAGAAAAAAAAAAUUUCUAGCUUAUUGAGAAGUAUACAUGUCCGAAACCUCCAUCAAAUAAAAUUAAAACUAUCUACGAAAGUAUAUGAUGAUAGGUUUGGUGCACAAAAUUUGCCAUGUCCCAAUUCCACCACUUCUCCUCUUGUAUCUCUUAAAUAUUUUAUUGUUCAGUCGUUUAAUUUUUUCAUCUUAUUUAAAGUUACUCGUAAAAAUACUUACGGGGUGCUUUGCCAAUGCCACAUUGCUAAUAUUAACAAUUUGCCAUUGAUAAAAAAUAUUAUUUCAUUAUGAAUUCUUAUUGUAUUUAAAUUUAAUGAAAAGAAUCCGAUAGUCAAUAUAUAUAAAAUAAAAAACUCUGGUUACGUGUUAUAUGCCACUACCUCGAAUUACUUCGAAUUAUCUAGAGAGCUGUAUCUUCAUUUAUAUUUUUCUUGCCUUACUUACCGCUUCAAAAAUUAACAUACGCCAUAACAAAUAGCUCGGAUUCCUCAUCUAAAGUCAUCAUCAUUUCUUUCUUCAGCUGGCUUUUUCACGUAAAUGAUCAAUAACAAAGAGACUAAUUCAUCUUCUUGUACGCCGA